AUGGACCCACUCCCACUGCAGACAACCUACCAGUGUGAACAAUGUGAACGCAGUUUCAGCCAACUGGAUGCAUACAAGGAGCACCUACAGGUCCACAGUGAAGAAACACCACAUCGCUGUGACCAGUGUGGGACACAUUUCAGAAGCCAGAGUUCCUACAGGAAACACCAGUGCAACCAAACUGGACGGUAUCAAUGUGACCAGUGUGGAAAGACUUUCAGUUAUUUAAGUGAUUACAAGACGCAUAAACGAGUCCACACUAGAGAGAAGCCACACCGUUGUGAAGAGUGUGGAAACCGCUUCCGUUUCUUAAGCGAUUACAAGAUACAUCAGCGUAUCCAUACUGGGGAGAAGCCGUACCAGUGUGAACAAUGUGGGAAGAAUUUCAAUCGCUUGUGUAAUUACAAGACACAUUUGCAGGUUCACACAGGAUAUAAACCGUACCAGUGUGAUAAAUGUGAAAAAAGCUUCAGUCGCUUAAAUAAUUACAGGGCACAUUUGGAAACUCACCCUGGAGAGAAGCCACACCGGUGUGAACAAUGUGGGGAGAGGUUCCAUUUAUUAAGUGAUUACGAAAAACACCAGCAUGUCCACACUGGGAGGAAGUCAUACCAGUGUGAGCAAUGUGAAAAUAGUUUCAGUAGGUUAAGUAAUUACAAAACACACCUGCGUGUUCACACUGGUGAGAAGCCAUACCAGUGUGAUCAAUGUGAAAAGAGUUUCAGUAGGUUAAGUAAUUACAAAACACACCUACGCGUUCACACUGGUGAGAAGCCGUACAAGUGCGAGUGCUGCGAGAAGAGUUUCCAUUUCAUAAGUAAUUACAAGAGGCAUCAGCGCGUCCACACUGGAGAGAAGCCGUAUCAGUGUGAACAAUGUGGAAACUGUUUCAGUGUGUUGAGUAGUUACAAGGACCAUCUGCGUGUUCACACUGGAGAGAAACCACACCAGUGUGAACAAUGUGGGAGGAGUUUCAGGAUCUUAAGUAAUUAUAAGGCACAUCUACGUGUCCACACUGGAGAGAAGCCAUACCAGUGUGCUCAAUGUGGAGCCAGUUUCAGUUUGUUAAGUAAUUACAAGUACCACCAGCGUGUCCACACCGGAGAGAAGCCUUACCGGUGUGAACAGUGUGGGAAGCGUUUCAGUGGCGCAAGUCAUUAUAAAAGACACAUGCGCAUCCACACUGGAGAGAAGCCGUACCGGUGUGAACAAUGUGGCAAGAGUUUCAGCUGCUCAAGUCACUAUAAGAGGCAUCUACUUGUUCACACCGGAGAGAAGCCGUACUGGUGUGAGCAAUGUGGAAAACACUUCAGUGACUCGAGCACGUAUACCAGGCACCUACGUACGCACACUGGUGAGAAACCAUAUAAAUGUGCACAAUGUGGAAAGCAAUACACUGACUUAAGUAGUCACAAUCAACAUCUACGCACCCACACUGGGGAGAAGUUCUGGUGUUCUCGUUGUAAAAGGUUAUUUUCUUGGCGAAGCUCCCUGAAGGUGCAUCGUUGUGUUGCUGUCGAUGAAGAGAACUUGGAGUAAAUUCAGGUUGUGUACCCGAGCAGAAUAGAUUUACAGGAACAGGAAGCAUGCGUGUCAUCCAAUGAAACUUUGUCUAAUUAUAAAAUGAAAGAGACAACCGUGCUGUUUACUGCUCUGUCUUAAGCACAAUGUCUGAACAUGCGAGUGUUUUCUUGAAAAAUCUUGUAAAUACAUCUAAUAAAUGAAUGGGACCAUGCAAAAUCCUACAAACUCUA